UCCGCCCACCAUGUUCCGACCACCAAAUGCCUUCGGAGCACCGCGGCCUCCUCACCCCCCUCCAUGGCAGUGGCAGCAGCAGCAACCUUUCCAGCCGCCGCCUCCUCCUCCUCCCCCACCUGCGGCAGCGGCGGCCAGUUCCUUUUGGCAGAGAGGCAAUGUACGAGAGCAUCUGAAGAAGCUGCAAGAGACCGUCGCGAUUUCAACAGCUCUGAUAAAGGAGCUAGAGGAAAUCACACUGGCUAGGGAUUCAGCCGAUGCAAAUGUACCAGAACCAGAGUCGUCCGCAGUACAAGUGUCUGAAGGGUCUGGUGGUGGUUCUGCAGACAGGCCCUAUCAUUUUAUUGAGCUCGCUAGUGAGCUCAAGAUCACCCAAGACACUCACGAAUCCCUGGCGACAGAUGCAGCUAAUUAUCUCUGUUCUCAACUUCAGCACCUUCUGGCACCUAUCUCUGCUGCUGUUAACCAAGGUGGUCCUUGGGAGGAAACAUCAGCGAUGGUUAGGCUAGCUCAGAAGCUGCAGAAAUCCAAGAGAAAUAAGCGAUGGAGGAAGAGGAAGAGGAAGCAUGUAGCAGAGCUAUUCCAGAAGGAGAGUGCAGAUUUUGAGAGAAUCGAUCAGGAGGCUGAUGAAUGGAGGGCUAGGCAAAUAGCGAAUGACAUUGCAAAACGCAAGAUGGAAAGCAUGAAGCAAAUUGCCAAGAAGAAAGCAAACGAGGAAAGAAAACGUCUAGAAUCGGAGCUUGAGCUCGCACUAAUGGUGGAGAAACUCCAGGAGCUUCGCUCUAUAAGGGUUCAAAAACUGAAGAAACAAGGCCAUUUUCUGCCAGAAGAGGAUGAUAAAUAUCUUGAGCGUGUCAAGGCUGCAGUUGAGGAAGAGGAGCGCCAAGCUGUAACUGCUGCUCGAACAGAUGCUGCUAAGAAUGCUAUUCUCACUGCUGAGGAAUCAAGAAAGAAUACACAUCAUACAUCUGCUCAAGAAGAUGGUCCUGAACAACCUGAAAGUGGCUCAGUACCAGAGCAGAACCAAGGAGAUGCAAGCAUAAAUGAGAAAAGUGAUCAUGUAAAUAAAAAAACAGAACAUGUAGGUCAAAAGGUUGAGAUAAAAGGGCCUGGCCAGUCUGAUUCUGUUACGAAUCUGCCUUUUGAGUUCUACCACUAUUAUCAUGGGAGUAGCUAUGACAUGGGGACACUCAUUGAGGUACGCCGAAUGUGGGAUUCUUUUAUCAGACCUGGAGGAAGCCGCAUACCUGGCCACUGGAUUCAACCACCCACUCCAGCUGAUGAGGUGUGGGCAUCGUAUUUAGUGCAGCCCAAGUAAAUCCCUCUGGGUUAUAACAAUGGUUCUUCUGCCUAUCCACUGGGAGCUUUCAGGGCAAGGUGUUGUACAUGAAGCCGCAAACCUUUUUUGCCUAACGAUAUGUGUGUGACUUUCUGAAAAGAUAAUCAAUAGUGGUGGCUCCAUUCAAGCAUGAUGGAGAUAUUUAUGUUGAGAAGGGUAACCACAGCUUCGGGAUCUAUGCAAGGUCCAAGCAUGGUAUUACUUCUGGAUGGAUCAAAACAUCUUGCCUGGAUAUCUCAUAGAUCGCUGAAUUAGUUUCAGUGACUGGUGACAGCCAAAAAGAAGAUACACUAGCUAAUUGAUCAGAUGUUGACACCAUGCAGGCUCAGGUUCUACUGUUGUACAAAUAGGCGACAGCAGAAACCUGCAAAUCAAAGCAGUAAAUAUAGACUGCAAGUGGUGCUCCACCGGGUAAACCUCAUGAAAGUGAAGAGUAACUUUGGUACAUGCCAAAUGAUCGGCAUGGCAGCAUGCUCUAUCCUUCUUCUUUGGUAGCCUCACUAAGUGCCGUCG